AUGGAGUCACUUGUCCAGAUAUUGUUAUUUAUAACUGUUGUCGAAGCGCAAUGGGGUUUUCCUGAAUCAGGAUACAAUUUUCAACCCCUUCUGAGCAAUAGUAUGAGCCAACCACAAGGGUAUCCUGGUGCCGUCUAUGGUGGAGCAGGGCUAUCCACCUCGCAAGGAAUAAAUCCAAUGGCAUCUGAUCUAGCUCCACAAUUCGCUCAGUUCGGGUCUCCGUAUCAAAAUUAUGGGUCUCAAAGCCUUUCCAUGGAACCCACGAGUAUUCUUGGUGGCUCUCGCAAUGUUUUUGAGAGUCAUCCACUUCUACUUCCCAGCCAAAACAGACCACUUCGACAGUUCACAUCUCAACCGGGCGUAUUUGGAGUGCAGACUCCCGUCCAGAGUUCCUACGGCCAGACAGGUCUUGCUGCAUCCGCAUUCGAUGCUUUUAGUCCAUUCCAGGCGGAUGACUAUACUGGAAGCGUGCAGAAGCCAGGUUCCAUACCUCCAUCUGAACCCAUACGAGUCAUACCUCCAUUUCUGAAAGACCGAAAAAAGGAGGAUCAGGACAAGUUUUAUGCUAUUGUGCAGCAUCCAACAUGGUCUGCAUCAGAAAAGACUGCGAAAAUCGACGAGCUUAUCCAGACAUUGGAUGAGGACGUGCAGAACAUUUACGGUAGAUAUCAACGUGCCAUGAAUGGUGAUCUGACAGCCAAACGUCAAAAGGUUCACGAAUCGGUGGCAGAAAUGUCCCCUGAGGCUCAACAGCAAUUUCAAAAGGUCUCUGCGUUAAUGACCAAUCCACAGAUUCCAGAACAGGAACGACUUCAGAAAAUUCAGGAUUUGUAUGCAAAAAUUCCAGACACUAUUAAGCAAGAAUUCGAUUCGAAAUUCAUUGGCUUAUAA